AUGCAUGGGACUGGGAGAAAGCUUCCCUUUUUCAAGUCCACAACUCCAGUUGACCGUCGGCGCAAGUCCACUGUACAUUGGCAUCGCUUGUUACGGUCGCUGUUGUAUUUGAUCGCUUGGAUCUUUUUAGUCCUGGUAGUCAUUGGAAAUAUCUCUAAUAAACCAGUCCUACGCAGUACAUACUUUCUCUACCUCGAUCUUUCCAAUAUUAUCCCAGUCUCCAUUCCCAAUGCCGUCCUUAUCAACUCCAUCGCUCAAACAAUCGGUCUGCAUGACUUCUACCAGGUCGGCCUAUGGAACUUCUGCGAAGGAUACAAUGGACAGGGCAUUACCCACUGCUCCAAGCCGGAGACUCUUUAUGCUUUCAACCCAGUUGAUAUCAUUUUAAAUGAGCUGUUGGCCGGUGCUACAGUCGCUCUCCCAGCCGAUAUUGAAAGCCCAUUAAAACUAGCGCGCGUCGCCUCCCACUGGAUGUUCGGACUCCUCCUCUCCGCAGCAGUUCUCAACUUCAUUAUGAUUUUUCUCAGCCCACUUGCCGUGUCCUCACGACACCCACGAAGCAUUAAAGCCUGGGCCGCGGGCUACAACGGCGUCCACCCGCCCGCAGGGAAUCCGCCCCACCGCCGCCGCACCUUCCUCUGGCUGCGUGCCCUGCCAAUGCUGAUUCUGACAUUUUUUGCCGCGCUGACGACAAUCGUCGGGUCAGCCGUCGCGACGGUCAUGUUCGUGAUCUUCGCCAAUGUCUUCUCAACUGCCGACCCGAGCCUCAACAUCCAGGCACACGUCGGCACCCAGAUGAUGGUGUUCAUGUGGAUUGCUUCGGCAUUCAGUCUGCUCGGAUUCAUCCUUCAGAUCGGCUCAUGCUGCGCGGUUUGCUGUCGUGGCCGUAAGGCUCGCAAGCAGCUCAAGUCUCAGGGUAUUAAGUGGCACGAGAAGAGCGAGGUUUCACCCCAUGCGACCGAGAACCGCGGUAUCUCGUCCUGCAGGGAUUCUGCUGUCCCUGUGGAGGAGCGUCGUCUCACCUCUAAUGGUCAGACACUAAAUGAACAUGAGAAGUUGAGCAAUGGACAUUCCUCGAACCAUCACUCGUCUUCGACUGAACCCCAUGCCAUCUCCAAUUGA